AUGAUCAGUGGCCAGUCUUCUAUGAUAACUGUUUCCCCAGGAAAAUCUUGUAUCACAAAAACUUUUUCUGUAUCCACAGAGAAGAUGGGACGUCUCCCCUUAGGUUCAGUUUCUCCCUAUGUAAAAACAAGCUCCGGUGGAAGUAUGGACCCCAUGAAAUUCUAUUGCACCAGCUAUGGGGCAGCUUAUGGUCAGGAAGGCUUUCGUCCUCGGAAUGGCUUCCAUUUUGGAGCAGGAUAUAAAAGCAACUACCGGCCUGUUGUUCAAUACAAUCCAAACCUAGAUAAAUUAGAUAAUCCAGCUGUGGGGAAACUCCUCCAGGAUAACUACGAAUCAACAACCAAUAAACAUUUCCAGCCCCUUCAGCUCCCAGAUGGGAAGUAUCCUCUUCCCUGGAGUGUACAUCAGCCAGGCAGUGGGUAUGUUCGAGAAAAGCCUCUAACUUUUCCCACAACCAAAACAGUCAAAAAGGUCCAUUUUGACACAGCGAACCAGGGACCUGAAGCUGUGAUAGGGCUGGAGCCCAGAUAUGUCCCUGUGCUCCACAAUUCAUUUGGAAAAGGCUCCGUUGAAGUGGAAAAUGCAAGACACGGACCUCAGUUCAUGUCCACGGAAUAUGGCUCUAAGUACCAUUUCAACAUUCCCGGGCAACCAGAUUUCCUGCAAAAGAAAACAAUUGGAGCCAAAGAAGAGUCAGGAUUUACUGAAGGCUGCCUGGCUAACCCCAUUGUGGAGAAACUAACAUCUCAGGACAGCAAUCCUGGAAUCAGCAUCAUGAAAGCAGAUUAUCUACCAUCUUCUGUUCCGCAUGGGGAUGAGUUUCUACCAGUCCUUUCCAAAGGUUCUGAGCGGGGCUCUGGAUUUAAUCGGCAGAAGGAUCUUCGCCUUAGUUCUUCAGGACCUCCACCCAAUGCAGAAGCAUCUGGGCCACUCAGCCAUUCUCAGUUCCAAGGCCAUCAGCGACAGCCUCAAACACAAACCAAUCUUCUAGGACGGGAAUAUACGGGCAACAAAGAGCCAACAGGAUUCAGCACCAACAACCUUAAUUAUGCGACACCUGCCUAUGAUCCAAAUCUGCCCAACAGGUUUUUGACCAGCUAUAAUUCCAAGUUUUAUGAAACCAUUUCAAAGGGAGUGGACAGGGAAGGCUGGACCAGAGGGGGGAUCCAGCCUCAACAAGCAGGUGGCUUUGCCACCAACAACCACGGAAGUGAUUUAGGAAGCGAUCCUAAUGCCACAGAAACCUUGAGAACUGUUCAUCCCCAUGUCGGCAGGACAAUCACAACAGUUGACCCAUUCUAUCGCGAUUCUCCCCAUGAUCGUCGCUUUGCUGCUCUUCAUCAGACAACUGUCCCCAAUUAACCUCUGUUCAGAAGUGAAAAGCACAGUGAUGUCUUUAGACUUCAAGGAACCACUCCACAUGCUAAGGAAGGAGCGUCACUAAUUGCAUUGUCAUAUUAAAUCUAUCUUAUUUUAUGCAUUGUUUUAAAGAAAUUAAGACAUAUUCUAGCUAUGUCUCCUGUCCUAGAUUAGCACAUUGAAACAGGGGUUUAAAAAUCUUUGGGGUAGUUAUAUUUUUAUAGAGUUUCUAUAGCUCUGUAGCUGUACAAACUUUGUGACAUAAUGUGAGCAUCUGACUAACUGAAAGCUCUUUAUGUCUCUCUAUCCACAGAGUAAAGAUACCAACAAGUAAGGGCCUGUCCUCAUGACACUGCUUUCAUUUCAUCCUUAAUUCACAGUAGAAAAAGCUUAAAUGUAUAUUUAGCUCUUCCAGUUUUGAAGUCAUACUUUCCAUCUUCUGGGACAACUUUUGUUGUGGUUAUAUAUUUUCAUGCUUUCUCAGUUAUGUGGUUGAUGGUACAGCUGGGCUGGGA